AUGCGCGGCCAGUACCGCGCCGGGGAAUAUGGCCGCUCAGAAGCAGAGCGACGGGAGGAACGACAAGUGCCGAUGGCACUCGAAAGGAAGGAGACAGCAGAGUGCAUGCACACCAAGGGGGGAGCACUUUUCCGGCGCAACCUUCCCCUCCUUAGGGAGCCUCCGCGGCACAGAGGAGAGGAGGCCCCCCUAUGGCUGCCACCGAUCAAGAGAGUCCACCUCUCUGGCCAUAAAAGAGAGGAAUGGCUUUCUUCUCCUGCCACAGCUGGACCCUCCCCAUCAUCAGGUGCCAACCCUACAGCUCCUCAGCCGCAGCACCGCAGACGCGUAAUUCUCCAGGAGGCCCCCAGAAUCACUCCCGAGGCAAGCCGUGCCGGCACUACUAGUGGUAACAUCGGCUCAGAAAACGCAGCAGUGCCACCAGGGAGGAGGCAACCCAUUGCAAGGGGAGUAGUCUCGACGGCGGCAGCAGCAGUUUUGCGACCAGCCCCGCGCGAGUUUACCGGACGCGCAAACAACGAACAAAAGACAGCAGCAGACACGUCAAAUGGCAUAGAAGAAGCUCCAAAUAAACGGACAGAACGGGCUGCCAAGGAAAGCGUAGAUAGAACAACUGCAGCAGCCGCCUGCGGGAAGCAGCUAGAGCCACGAUCUGAAACGCCAGCCAAGCGCAAAGGCAACAAUGCUGCAGGGAGAACGUCUCUUCAGAACGCGACUGUAUCUGAACCUUUGCACAAAAAACCUGCACUGGCUGCAAUAGCCUGCAGCGCUGUACCUCGAGGUUCGCAAGGAGGAAUGCCUGCAAUCUCGCGGCAGCUGGUCUCAGGCAGCACUCCCGAGCCGCAAGAGAACCUCGCAGCCACGCGAGCGGUAAGAAAAGGUGGAAUUUCAGCCCCUUCGACAAGAGCAGCUUUAGCAUCAAGAGCACCCGCAGUGGCGAUGCCUUCAGGCGGGCAUGACGCAGAGCGAGCUCCACGGGGAGGCGGGAUGAAAGAAGCAGCAGCAGCUGCUGCUCUGCAUGCUGCUGCUGACCCCGCCGUCCGUCAAGCAGCCCGAUCGCCCUCACUGACAGCUCAAUCUCCCGUCGAAAUAAGCGCGUCGUCACGUCCAGGCAACCCCUUAUCAACCAUGAAGCUGUCUGCAGCAGCAGCGACUGCCCCCCCCGCACAGAGGCGAACCGUCGUGUUGACGAACGGGUGUGUAUCAACCCCACCAACAGCCCCACGGGCAGCGAAAGCUGCAGCGGCAGCACCCAUGGGAGCAGUACAGCCGGCAAGGCUUGGAAAACAGCUACCGAUUGCUUCCGCUGCAGUAAGACGGGAGAAGGCUGCUUCCGAAGCCGCCUUUGUUCAGCAGCUGGCAACUGACCACCCUUCAGAAGAAAGCGCUGCAAGGAGCGUCAAUGGUGGCUUUCAGGAUGCCACGCAAGGACCGUCUUCCGCGGCAGCAGAAGUAUGUACUGAAGGAGCAAGGCCUUUGGAGCUUGUCGCAGUAAGGUUCUGA